CGCACUCUGGCUUCCCAGAUUUGACACAGCGUCACUUGUGAAACAGCAGAAGGUGGGGGGGAGACGCACCCGGGCCAAACCCCAUCCGCACCAGCAGCUGAGAAGAUGUCCGAGCCCAAUAAGUACCGAGAGUGGAUCCUGGAAACAAUCGACUCUCUCCGCUCGAGGAAAGCCCGUCCGGAUUUGGAGAGGAUUUGUCGAAUGGUCCGGAGACGACACGGGUCAGACGCGGACCGAACCAGGACAGAACUGGAAAAACUGAUUCAAGAGCAGACGGUGCUCAAAGUUAGCUACAAGGGGUCCAUAUCGUACCGAAACGCGGCGAAGGUGCAGAGGAAAAGCAGAAAGAAGAGUGAGUUUACGGCGGCUGGCGGCAGCAGCAGCGGCAGCGCGGAGGCAGCGAGGGAGCGAAACACCAAACACGACCAUCUGAACAACAACGGCGACAGUGCGCACAGCUUCACCGACCAGGAGGAGGGAGAGGAGGACUCGGAGCCCAGCCCAGAUCCCCAGACAUCAGCCAGCACCGGCGACAAGAAGCUCAAGCCUGCCUCCAGUCAGAGUAGCGGAAACGGGUGCCUCAGUUGUGGCGCAACAACGAGCUGCGAUGUCGGGAGCGGCUGUAAAGAGGAGAAAGCAAGUGCACCGAGAGACAAGGGAUUAGGACAGCAGGGGGGGUGCCCGUCGCCCGGUCUCACUCACAAAACAAACGAUGCCAGCAAGAUAACACUGAGCAAAGGAGAAAAGGAGCCGAGCGGAGAUGAAACCCAGAACAAAACUUGCUCCAGCCAGAGACCGAAGCAGACUGCGCCCCUCAAGCCCAAACUUCGAGUCGGAGGAGCGGGGAACCACGCCAACUCCGACCUGGGCGACAGACUGGUGGCUUCUGUGCGCAGCCUGUCCGAGAGGAGCAUCCGAGGGGGCUCCGCCGCCACCAGAGGCCACAUGAAGCCGCUCGGGCUGAAAGAGAUUUUGGGCUAUCUGAGCAGCCAGGAGCGUCUGUCGGAGGAGAAGCUGACCCGAGGCAAAGUCAAAGUGGUCAUGGAGAGAGAGGUGGCGAGGGGCAGGCUGCGCAGGACCCGCUGCGGGAACAUUACUCUUCCUCUGAGGGGGAUGGUGGUGGAGGAGCCCAACAAUUCGUCCGCUGACAGACUUGGAAAGAGCGCACUGCAGGACAGGCACGCUGCUGUGAAAAAGCCGCCGGCCCCCUCUCCGCAGCAGAAUGAGCAGAUGGAAACAGCCAGUGAAGAAGAGGAACGAGAAGAGCGUGAGGAAGAGGAGGAGGAGGAUCCCCGGAGUUCUGAUGAGGAGGGAGGACUAUCCCCGGUAGCCAUGACAACCGAACCAGAGCUCAUUGAGAAAACCACAGAAGAUACUGAGAUCCAGACAGCAUCAAAGCAGGAGAGCCCACAGCAGCAGCAGCAGCACGGUGGCAAAGGGACAUGUGAGCUUGAUUCCCUCACCAGGACGCCGUGUGCACCUGUUCAUGGAGCUUCCCUGUCACAAUGCAACAGGGCACACUUGGAGGAGAGAGCUGUCAUUUCUGAUCAGCUACAUGUGGAGGCACAAAAUCAGAUGCAGCAUGACAGAAUCAACCACACCUCCUCAGGCUUUAACAGCUUGGAGUCUAAGAUGGAGGUCGGCGUGUCAUCCUGUCUGCUUACACCCACCGCCUCACCGAGAGACUCAGGCAUGUCGGAGGAACGAGGGAUAAAUGGGGGAGUUAGCAGUGGAGGGUUUAUGAAGUCUGAGGGGGCCAGUGGGAGCCCGGUGGACUGGACAGUGUCUGAUGUGGUCAGUUAUUUCACAGCAGCAGGUUUCCCUGAGCAGGCUGCUGCCUUCAGGACCCAGGAAAUCGAUGGCAAGUCUCUCCUCCUCAUGCAGCGUAACGAUGUUUUGACUGGCCUGUCGAUCAGACUCGGCCCCGCCCUCAAGAUCUAUGAGCGUCAUGUAAAGGUUCUGCAGAAAACGCACUUUGAGGAUGACGACUGUUAACGACAGAGACUGUUACGUCUGUAUCUACUUAUAACUCAAAUAAUCCUAUAAAAAUGUAUGCAUGAUAAACAAUACACUUUUCAUCUCAUGCCAAACAGCACACACACACACACACACACACACACACACACCUCUGUUUCUCUUCCUCUAUGACUGCUUUGGCCCAGAAACAACACACAGAAAUGAGACUGGAUUUCCUGGACAACAAGGGUUUUCCACCAAACUGAGCACAAAUGCUGGAGGAAAAAAAUAGACUCAUAAAGAUUUAAAAUGCAGAGGUUAAAAACAGUCAUGCUUUUUCUCUUUUUUUAUUUUAUUUAAAAUGAUCAAGCACUUUGCAAUUUCUCAACUAAACUGUGCAAAAUGGUUUGUUUCUAAACUGUUCAUUUUGUUCUGACCUUUGUGCACAUUUUGAAAGAGGUCGUGAUUUUUCUGCGUGGAUUUAAAUUUCCAUUUGUACUUUUAGGCUUCAAUCGAUGCAGGAGCUUUUUGGUUGUGGGUGUAUGUGUUUGGAGGCAUGACAGAGCCUGUUGGAGCGAUGAGAAACAGAAGCUGACCAGAUUAAAUACAUUCCCAGAAGCUGGAGCGGACGUUUGGGAUGCCGACCUGUCAUAGUCUCAGAUAUGUUGGUGAAAUCCAGCGCAGGGUUCAUGACCUUGUGCAAACGAUUGUUGGCCAAAGCAAUAAGUUGAUCAUUUCCCCUCGAUGUUUUGAAUCCUGUCAGCUUGCAGAUUAGCAGGUGGUUGAUUUUGUGGAUCCUAAUGUUUUCAGUGAAAGUCUAUGACGUAAAGUUCUUAUUAAACUUUUUAAGCAGAGCUGGCCAUGAUCUGUUCUGGCCUCUGCACCACCACAUCAGGGGCUGGUUUCACAAAGACAGACUGACUGUGGUUUAGAUUGAACCACUAACACUCAGAUAGACGUCAACACUCAUCCAUUGCACAAAGCUGUCUAAAUCUUGACUAGCUUAUAUUUGUGUAGGAUUUUGGUGCAUCUAGCAGUGACUUUGCAGAUUGCAAACAACUGAACUGUGAACAAGUUAUUCCAUUUCUGCAGAUAGCUUCUCCUAAAUCCUACACACUUGGCCUUUAAGUAGGACCUAAUUUGGAAUGAAUUCUGGGUAAAUUAACACUUUAUUCACAUUUUUUCCAUCUACCCACUCAAGCCCACAACAACCACCCUCUACUCUGUGGUGUGAGUAAUUAAAAGAAAACAAAUCAACAAAAAUAGUUAAUCAGUCAUUUAUAAGAAACAAAGUAAACACAUUUAAAAUAAAAUGUUUACAGUCCUGUAACAUUAUCCCCACCACUGUUCCACCAGUAGAGACUGCCCUCUGGUGGCAUUUGAUGUGCAUUACAUACAAUACAUCCUUUGUACAUCUUCUCCAUAUGAGUUUAAUAGAAUAAGGAGCAUCUGUAUUUUUAAAGGUUGUGAAAAUCACACCAUCAGAGUUAGCCUUGUUGGCUUAGUUGUUUUUUUGCUUUGUUUUUUGGCGUAAAAUAAGUCAGUUCACUUGCAUUAGAUUAACCCAAGAGUGUAAGUAAGACUGUCCUAACAGUGCAGACCUGUCUAAAAUAUCUUUGUGAAACUGGCCUCAGAAUCAACUGCAGGAAUCUUGACCAAACACGCCAGCUAACUGAACUGAAAUCAGCAGAACAAUCAGCUCUUAGAUAUAAUAGAGUGUAAAUAUUUUUGAAAAAACGCCCAUUUACUGCAUCAGUCUCCAUUUGUAAAUUACUGAAAAACAGUAACUGAAAGAUGUUAUGGCAGGGUAAAGCUGAGUCAAUCAAUCAAUCAACUAAUCUCAUACCACCAGCAUUUUUGAACUGUUUUUACUGGUCACACCUUAGAAACCAAAUGUUGUCAAAUAAUCACAUAUUUCAUUCCCACCUUCACCACAACAGUGUACAUUCCAGGUUUGACAUCUCCCCUGUGUGCAUGCUUCAUAAAAUUAUUUUUUUUUCCUCAUAUGAAUGUUUAUAUUUUUGUUUUUAGCAUAUUGAUUACAUUUUUGAAUGUUUUCAGUCCACUCUCCACAUACUGAUGGUCAAAUCAACAUUUCUUUGCUCAUACAAACCUCCUCUACCUCUCUCCUCUCGUUCCCCUUCACUCUCACUUUCUUUACUUCUUCCACGAACACAUUAUAAGGUUAUUUUGGUUGGUUGAAGGUGUGUGUUACAGUGCUUGUUGACACUGUGGGCAAUCAGAUAAUUUCAUUCAUAGUUAAAUCUGUAGGAAAGGACAGCUGAGUUUGGGUCCAGAUUCUCACAAGGGGAAUGUACAGUGCGUCUGUUCCCAUGUUGCUUGUCUCAAGUUAUUUGUUAAAAGGACAAUUUUCAUAAUAAAAGUUUGAAUUAAAACA